AUGACUAUGAGCGAUACAAUCAAUACUGUUGUCACCCCUGACAACGUCCAUGAAGUAUUAAAAGACGACGUGACAGUCAAAGUUGCUAUCGUUGACAUAGACGGAAUCCUCCGCGGAAAACUCAUGCACAAGGAGAAAUUUUUGGGAGCAGUAAAUUCUGGCUACGGUUUUACCGCGGGUCUCUUUGGAAUCGAUAUGCAGGAUUCGUACUACACCGUACCUGUCGAAUUCAGUGGAAAAGAUUAUCCCUUCUUUGACUUGAUUGCUAAGGUUGAUCUGUCAUCUUACCGUCGGAUCCCUUGGGAGGAAGACACACCAUUCUUCUUUGCCCAAUUAAUACAUUCACAAACAAACGAGCCGCUUUAUUGUUGUCCUCGUACGUUUUUGCAGUCAGCAGUGGAUACCUGUGAGCAAGAUCUGCAAGCCACUGCACAUUGUGGCGUUGAAUUUGAAUUCAUUUGUUUCAAAGAAAGUGCAGAGUCAUUAGAUGAAAAAGGUUACGCCAACCGCAAGCCCAUAACAGUCGGGCACCAUUGCUACUCACUCAUACGUCCUACCAAAAAUCAAGAAUUUUGCUACAACGCGUUCAAAUGGCUACACAAGUUCAGAGUGGAUGUGGAAAGCUGGCACACGGAAUUGGGACCAGGUGUAUUUGAAGCAGCAAUCAAGUACGCGGAUGCUAAAGAAGCCGGGGACCGUUGCACUUUGUUUAAAACUUCCAUGAAGCAGAUCGCAAUGCAUCAUGGAAUUAUGGCUUCUUUCAUGGCCAAGCCAUACCAAGAAUUUCCAGGCUGUUCAGGUCAUAUACAUAUGAGCUUGAUGGACAAACAAGGCAAAAACAUGUUUUAUCCCUUUGACCCGAGUGACGCAUCAACAGUCCAUCCACAAAUGAGCAAAACGUUUGUCCACUUUUUGGCAGGUGUUUUACAUGGCUUGCCAAGCAUUAUGGCCAUUUUAGCACCUACUGUCAACAGCUACAAGCGAUACAUCCCCAACUUCUGGGCGCCUAUCAGCGUAUCAUGGGGAGUUGAAAAUCGCGCAGCUGGUGCUAGAGUGAUUGUGCCUCCCACUACAUCUCCCAACAGCACCAGAUUUGAGCUGCGUGUGCCAGGAGCAGACAUCAAUCCGCAUUUGGCUAUUGGGGCGGUCCUGAAGUGUGGACUCUGGGGCAUCAAGUCAGCUCAGGAGUUGCCUGUCUCGGCGCUCGAGGAAGGCGGAAAACACGGUCAACCGCUUGCAAGAUCGUUGCAAGAAUCAGUGGUUGCUAUGGAUGCCGAAUCGUCAGUCGCACGUCAGGUGCUCGGUAACACGUUUGUCGAUCAUUUCGUCAAGACGCGGAAGCAUGAGUGGAAUACGUGGCAAAACGCAGUGACUGACUAUGAGUUGAAGCGCUAUAUGGAGCUCAUUUAA